ACGUCAGCCUCGCCGCUCCGGACACCGCGCUGAGAAAAAUGCUGCUCUCCGUAGCGCCAAGGACGGGAAUCAACCCCUACAACGGAUACAACAGCAGAAACAGCAAAAAGCAAGCCUAUGUGUCCUCCAGCCACCAGAUGGCGCUGCCCAGUCCCAACACCAACAGUAGCAGCGCGAGUAGUGCGGGAGGUGGGGAACAGCUGAGCAAAACCAAUCUUUACAUUCGUGGGCUACAUCCGGGGACCACUGACCAAGACCUGGUCAAGCUCUGCCAACCGUAUGGAAAGAUUGUGUCCACCAAGGCUAUUCUGGACAAAACUACCAACAAGUGCAAAGGCUAUGGCUUUGUGGAUUUUGACAGUCCUGCAGCAGCACAGAAGGCUGUGACGGCGCUCAAGGCCAGCGGGGUUCAAGCUCAGAUGGCCAAGCAACAGGAACAGGACCCUACCAACCUGUACAUCUCUAACCUGCCCGUGUCCAUGGACGAGCAGGAGCUGGAGGCCAUGCUCAAAUCCUUCGGCCAGGUUAUUUCCACUCGGAUCUUACGGGACGCUAGCGGAACCAGCAGAGGCGUAGGAUUUGCAAGGAUGGAAUCCACGGAGAAAUGUGAAGCCAUCAUUCAGCAUUUUAAUGGAAAGUAUAUCAAAACCCCACCUGGAGUGCCAGUACCUACAGAACCGUUGUUAUGUAAGUUUGCUGACGGAGGACAAAAGAAGCGGCAGAACCAGACAAAGUACCUUCAGAACGGCCGACCCUGGCCUAGAGAUGGAGAAACGGGAGGAAUGACACUCACGUAUGACCCAGCAGCCUUACAGAACGGGUUUUAUUCUACUCCGUACAGCAUUGCUCCAAACAGAAUGAUCGCUCAGUCCUCUCUGUCUCCUUACAUGCCCUCACAAGUACAAUCCUACCAGGUGCACAGCCCGUCCUGGAUGCAUCAUCAGUCAUACCUCAUGCAGCCCACCGGGGCCGUUCUGACUCCAGCUAUGGAUCACCAGAUGUCCAUUCAGCCCACGUCUAUGAUCGGACCCAUGACCCAGCAGCUCAGUCACCUGUCACUCGGCAGCGCUGGCACGUAUAUUUCUAAAGCAUAUAUGACGCAGCUGUGUAUGGAUCGUUUAUCCCUAGUUACUCCCUAUUGUGUUACAUUAGAGAGGGUUUGCAUGGGGUUGCCUUCAGAACACACUAAUUAUUCCUAUCAACACAGCAAAUGAAGCUACGGUCCUCUGGAGGUGCUGCUCCGCGCUGUGGACAGGGGGAUCUCUCAGAGAGACUCGUGGAUUACCACAGACAGUUCCAGAGCGGAUCCGGAUCUUUUGUAGGACAGAGACAAAAAGGACAUCACUCAUCUUUUGUUCAACUCCUCUCUCUUCAGGAGUCACUCUGUCACACUGUGCAAAAGAGCUCUCAAUCUUUCAUCUAUUUUGAUAACAAAACAGAAAAAAAGUGUAAAACAACAACAACAAAAAAAACAUGUUGAUUUAGAAAAGGGUAAGGCAAACACAAUGUGUUCUUUUAUGCACAAAAUGGCAAAUUCUUAUUUUUAAGAACUGAUUCUUUAAUAUGGGAGGAUCAAAAAAAAUGAAAAAUGAGAAUUUGAUUUGUAAAAUAUGCAACUUUUUUUUUAAGAUUUUGUCUUUUUUUUUUCUUCAGUCAGCAGCAGUAAGAUAUUUUUGUACAGAUUAAUAUGCAAACGGUGCAUUUUGUUUGUCCUGUUUUUGAAUUUGUUGUUUGAUAUUUAGGUGUUUUGGUGAAGAAACCAUUUAAAGCCACUUCUUUAUGCUGCACCAUUUUGAGAAUCUUUAAAGUAAUAGUGAUGAAAUCACUCUAAUUCAAUCGUCACAGACAAUCAUUAACUUAUUACGGAGUUUGGUGCAUAGCAAGGCAAUAAAGCUUUGUCUUUCAAGCUCAUAUAAAAUAUUAGAUGCAGAAAUAGUGAUUCUCUAGUCAUGUGCGUUUUCUUUUUAAUUAGUAAUGAGAAUGAUUUAGAAUUUUAUUAAAAGAUAUUUUAUGAGGGGCAUUUUAAAUUGAAUGAUUACCUGUGAAACAGUUUGUGCCUAACGUUAGUGUUCAGGAUCGAUUCCUUUUAUUUAAAAUUGAAAAAUUCUUUUCAAAUUCUGUAUCCUCUUGAUACUGUAGCUUAAAUAAGAGAUGGGACUGAUUUAGUAUUUUUAUACAGUAAUGACACCAAAUAUGUUGAGUUUCUGAAAGCUGGUUUAAAUGUUCAUGGUAAUAAUGUACAUAUGGGCUCCACUGGCUUACAGUACAGGAGUCUCGAGGAAGUGACUUUAAGUGGUUUGUUAAUAUCAGAAAUAGUUCAUAAAAGUGAUGAUAACACAUGACUUGAUGAAGUUUCUCAGUACCACACUGCUAUAACUGUAGUAAAGCAGAUAUGUGUCAGGCUGGUUUGAAGACUUGAAAGAAAGCUUCACUUUUGUUUUUAACUGUAUUUGACAGUAUAAAUCAAACACCUGCAGUAGGAGAAUAUAAUCAUGAAAAGGGAAGAAAAUCAAAUUUGGUUUUUAUUUGGCUUACAUUUUAUGCAAGUUUUGUAGAUUAUGAUAAAAAAAAAAGUAACAGUGUACCUUGUCUGUCUUAACUUUCUACAAUGAAGUUUAUUUUUUACUACCAUUUUGACUUUCUUUCUUUGUUUAAAGGGAUAGUUCACCCAGAAAAACAAAAAUUUGUAAUAAAAAUGUGCUCACCUCAGAUCAUCCAAGAUGUAGAUUUUGAGAAAUUUAGCAUUGCAUGCAGUGAAUGGGUGCCGUCAGGAUGGGUCCAGACAGCUGAUAAAAACAUCACAAUAAUCCACAAGUAUUCCAGUCCUUCAACGAACAUCUUGUGAAGAGAAAAGCUCCUAUCAAGAUGUACUAUCAACUACAAACUGUUGCUUCCGGCUGAAAUAUGAGUCCAUAAUAUUGCUUUCUCCAGUUAAAGUCUCAUAUUAAUAAGGACAGAUGUUGGCACAGAACAAGUACCAUUUACAAGAGGAAAUGACCAAAACAGCUCUUAACAAAUAUGUGGGUGGAUAUUAAUGUAAAGCAAGGGAUGGGCUUUUUUUUUUUUACUGGAAGAAGCGUUAUUAAAAGUGAUGUACUGGUAUUUUGGUUGGAAGUUAAAAACGUCUUAAUGCUGGAUUUGAUUCAGCUUCUGUCUUCUCCAGAUGUUCACUGAUGGACUGGAGUGCUGUGGAUUAUUGUGAUGUUUUUAUCAGCUGUCUGGACUCUCAUUCUGAUGGCACCCAUUCACUGCAGAGCAUCUAUUUCUGAGACACUGAUGCAAUGCAACAUUUCUCCAAAUCUGUUCCCAUGAAGAAACUCAUCUACGUUUUAGCUGGCCUGAGGCCUGUUUUUUAUUUUUCAGAUGUUUUGUGAAACAAGUGUGCAGUGUGUCACAUCGUCGUGUCCUCAUCAGGUUGUGUGUUAUUGUGGCUUGGUUCUGUACAGUGCAGUGUUUUGUAGA